GUAUUUAGUACUCUGUUUGAAUUUGUACGCGUACAGUUUGUGAUCAUGAACCUAAGCGAGAUAAGAAAUGUGAGCGAUACGAACGGGACCAUUACAAACCUGGAGUUCAAUCUAGAUUCCAUGAUUACUAAUUCAGCACUGUUUCUCCUGGCUAUAGUACCUAUUUAUAUAGGUUCUUUCCGUUCAAUAACUAGUAAGAAGUCAACUGAUGAGAUAGAAGUUGUAUCGGGUAAAGAUGCAGCACUGUUUCCAUUUCUCGCCAGUGCUGCACUUUUCGGGAUUUACGUCGUCUUUAAGUUCAUUCCUAUUCAGUACAUCAACUCCGUUAUGAAGUUAUAUUUCUCUUUUAUGGGUGCUUGUGCAAUAUCUCGGUUCCUGUCACCCAUCUUUCGCCCGUAUAUGCCGGGUUGUGUAAAAAAUAUGCGGUUCAAGUUUGAGUUUUCAAGAAGUUUAGAGAACUCAGAUGGUUCCGAAUCUCAGUGGAACUUAUUGGACAACUAUGAUUUUUCAGUUGAGUCGAAGGAUUUCAUAGGGACUGGCAUCGGUAUUUUGCUUGGCACUUGGUACUAUUUUUCAGGACAUUGGAUUGCGAACAAUUUUAUUGCAGUGACAGUUGCUAUUUUGGCCAUUGAAUUCAUAAGGUUGAAUAAGUUCGUAAAUGGCAUAUUACUUCUUUGUGGACUGUUCGUAUAUGAUAUAUUUUGGGUGUUUGGAACUGGUGUCAUGAUGGCUGUCGCAAAAAACCUAGAUAUUCCAAUCAAAGUUACUUUUCCGCGUGAUUUUCUUUCACAUGGAUUAUUCGGCAAACAGUUAGCUUUGCUUGGUCUUGGUGAUAUAGUUGUUCCAGGAAUAUUUAUCGCCAUGCUUCUUAGGUUCGAUACAAAACUUGGACGCAAUAAUAGUCAUGCUUACUUCUACUCCGGAUACGCAGCCUAUAUCGUUGCUAUCAUUAUGACUUUCGUAAUGAUGCACGUAUUCAAACACGCUCAGCCGGCUUUACUUUACCUGGUACCUGCUUGUUUGGGUGCACCAUUGCUUAUGGCUUUAGUGAAAAAUGAUCUUAGUGCAAUGUUCAAAUGCACAUAGUCAGUCAUACGACGGUGUAGGCUACUUAUGUUGACAGAUAUAAGUAGUAUAUAGCAGCAGUCGGAAGUAAAAUGCCUGCCAGUAGAAGAUUGAAUUGAAGAGAACAUGAAGGGAAACGGAGAGCAAUUGUGAUUACAACAGGAUUAGAGGGAUAAUGGAGUGUAGAAAGGAUAACGCAAAGAAGAUGCGCAAAUGAUGUAUUUCACAUUUUACUAAGCCACUGUGUAAUUUUGUAUCAAACAAUAAAUUGGUUUUCCCAACAUGAGUUCUCGUUCACUACAGUAAUGUGUAGCCACUUGUCUAGGAAAUGUUGGUGAGCAAAAAAGAUAAAAUGUGAAUGUAUUUGACACUAAAUUCAACAUAUUUCAAGCUAUGAAGAUGAACCGGAAGCUGAGAAGAAAAUUCAGGAGGCUGAUGUGUCAAACAAAUCUAAGAAAAGUAAAUAACAAUAUCAACCUUUGGGGUGGGGGCAAUUGACCGAUUUUAUCAUCUUAAUCUGUCCAUAUAUAACUUAUGUACACAAAUAUAUUUAUUUCUACAGUGUUAAGUGUGUAACGUUUGUGCUACGUGCUGACUGUUUGUUUUGUUUUCUGUAAAAUAAUGUUGUUGGCGAAAAACCCUAACAUAACUUGUUCGUUUGACAUUUGUUUUAACCUUGUCGCUUUGCUAAUAAAGCUGUUACGCUGUCUGUUUAUUUUGUGACAUCAAUAUCCAAAGUCUAAACAUAAAAAGUGAAAUACCAAAAUAUGUGAACAUUAUUGGCAAGCAAUCAAGGUUACUUCUUCAGAUCAUCAUUUUCAUUUUAUGAAUACAUAUUUAAAAUAAUAUCCUGAUUGUUUUGACAGUGCUAAUAAUAAAUUCCGUUCUAAAUUAUACUUUACUUUAAA